UUUGCGAUUGACCCCUCCACACCCCGCAUUCAUCCAAACUCAGCAAGUGAAGGCAUUCUCACACAGAGAAGCUCAUCACAUCAUUCCCGAAAUCGCACAGCGAGACAACUUAGACAGCUCUCUCACUCGGAUCUGCCCCUCUUCACUCAGGGUAUCAAGAGUCAACCCCUCAGUCCCUGACCCAGGGAUACACCAACACCUACUUCACCAGCAACACAACACACUCAUCACAAUGAGCCCAGUAAGCGACGUUGCCGACGGCGACACAGGCGACCUCUUCGCCGACCCAGAAGACUACUACCCGCCCACCCCGCCACCCACCUCGCAAACCCACACACUCGCCUCGGGCCGCGUCCUGACGCUUCACCUCGUCGGCUACUCGCCCACCGAAGCGCACCACCUCUGGAACGGAAGCCGCGUCGUCUCGGACUAUUUUGAGGCGGACCCGUCACGCGUCAAGGACAAGACGGUGCUGGAGCUCGGCGCGGGUGCUGGCCUGCCGAGUUUGACGGCGGGUAUCUUGGGCGCGAAGCGCGUUGUCGUGUCGGAUUUCCCGGACGCGGAUAUCGUCAUGACGAUGCAGAAGAAUGUGGACGAGGCGGGGGAUCUGGAGGGGGUUGUGGUGCCCAAGGGGUAUGUCUGGGGCGCGGACGUAAAGCCUUUGUUGGCGGAGAUUGCUUCUUCGGCCGAGGGGGAAGAGAAGGAGAAGAAGUUUGACGUGCUGGUGUUGGCGGAUCUGCUGUUCCGGCACUCUGAGCACGGGAAGCUUGCCGACACGAUCUGGGAGGCGCUGGCGAAGAAGGAAGGGAGCGUGGCGUAUGUGUUCUUCACGUCGUACCGGCCGUGGCUGAGGCACAAGGAUCUGGCCUUUUUCGAUGUCGUGAGGGAGAGGGGGUUACUUGUCGAGCAAGUGUUUGAGAAGAAGAUGGAGAAGCCGCUGUUUGAUGGGGACCCGGGUGAUUUGGAGAUUCAGAAGACGGUGAGCGGGUUUGAGGUGCGGUGGCCGAAGGAGCUGCUGGAGGAGGGUAAGGCAUGAGGGGUGUUGAACAUGUUGGAAAUGUUGAAUGAGGGACGAGAACUGUUUGAUGGAUUGCGGUUUGGGAUCUCUGAGCCAUGGGCAAGUGGUUUUCUACGAGAAAUGAGCAUGAAGGAAGAGAAUUGGUGGGCAUAUCUGGACUGGGAUAAACAAAAGGAAUGGGGUACAAAUGAAAAGGACACCAAAGAUAUUCUCCAUUAGAGAUGAGAUAAAGAAGACAUUCAAAUGAAGCAUUCAAAGAAAGAAAAAAGGAAAAAAAAAAAAAGAAAGGAAUGGAGGGGGAAGACUGACCUUAUAAUCCA